GCGGGGCGGCCGGCGGGCGGCGGCGGCGGCGGCGGCGGCAUGGCGAGCUGCCGGCGGCUGAGCGGCGCGGGGCUGCGGGAGGUGCUGGGCCCGGCGCAGGGGCUGCUCUUCGACUGCGACGGCGUCCUGUGGGCGGGCGAGCGCGCCGUGCCCGGCGCCCCCGAGCUGCUGGAGCGGCUGCGGCGCAGCGGCAAGGCCGCCCUUUUCGUCAGCAAUAACAGCCGCCGCUCGGUGGCCGAGCUGGAGCGGCGUUUCAGCCGUCUCGGCUUUCGCGGCGUGCGCGCCGAGCACGUCUUCAGCUCCGCGCUCUGCUCCGCGCUCUUCCUCCGCCAGCGCCUCCUCGGCGGCGGCGGGAACGGGAGCGGGGCCGGCCGCGUCUUCGUGCUGGGCGGCGAGGGGCUGCGCGGCGAGGUGCGCGACGCCGGGCUGCGCCUGGCGGGCGAGGGCGAGCCGGCUCCCGGCGAGCCGGUGCGCGCCGUCCUGGUGGGCUACGACGACCAGUUCACCUUCGCCAAGCUGGCGCAGGCCUGCGGCUACCUGCGCGACCCGCAGUGCCUGCUGGUGGCCACCGACCCCGACCCCUGGCACCCGCUGAGCGACGGCCAGCGCACUCCCGGGACUGGCAGCCUCACAGCCGCAGUGGAAACGGCUUCGGGCCGCAAGGCGCUGGUGGUGGGGAAGCCCAACACGUACAUGUUCGAUUGCAUCGUGGAGCGUUUUGGUGUCGACCCAUCCCGCACCCUCAUGGUGGGAGACCGUCUGGAGACAGACAUCCUCUUCGGCAAGAACUGCGGCCUUGCCACCAUUCUCACCCUGACAGGCGUGUCGCGCCUGGAAGAGGCGCAGGCCUACAUGGCCAGCGACAGCGCCGCUGCCAAGGAUCUGGUGCCCAAUUACUACGUGGACAGUAUUGCAGACUUGAUACCAGGCCUGGAUGAGUAACAGUUUGUACAUGUGAGGGCAGAGGGGUCAGGUUCCCCAUCCCAGAUCUCCAUCUGUUCCCAUUUCUCUCUCACUGCCCUAUUCCUUCAAUUCCCGGUUUCUUCACAUGCCAACAUCCUUCUUUGGGGGCAAAAUGGGAAGGGGAUUGGCAGGAGGGGACAGGUGUCAAGUUGACUCCUUUCUGCUGAGAGCUAUCCAUGAUGGACAGAGUCCUUGUCUCCCUCAUUGCCAGCCGCCAGCAUCUUUUGGAGAGAGCUGGAGGCCUUGAGGCUGCUGGUGGGGGGGAUGGUGUGUGGCAGGGGGAGUCAAAUCGGUAUCUGUGUGGCCUCUCCAGGGGUUUGGGACUGGCUGCUUUAGUGUUAUUUUUCCCUUGGAUAACCAGUGGCGGCCUUUUACUGCUGUCCUUUGACUUGUAACUCUUUACAUCUGAGCAGCAUCUCUGCAGUCCUUGUGGUAACCUCCUCCUUGCCAGGGGAUUGGCUGGCACUGUCACCCACCUGGUGUCUAUCAGUGCCAGGGCAUGUGGAAGGAGUGUGCCAGACCUCUGGAAUAAUGAAUAAGAGCAUCUCUGCCUCCCACAAGUGAAAAAGAGCAUUGCCUCAUCUCUUGUCUCCCCUGUUCCUUAGAGAUGUUUCCCCCACUACCCCCCUGCCCCGACCCAGUUAAUAACUGUGCCAUUGUCCAUCUGAAGGACAGAAGAGACCAGUUGGAGGGUUUUUUCCUGUGCCAAACAGACAAGCUGUGACUGCACAGUGGGUCUGCAGUUGUACCUUGUUUUUAAGCACCUUUUCUGAAGGGGCUUUUGAAGGACAGAGGGCUCCUAGACCAUGACAACACAGCACUAGUGAACUGUAUGACUCUCCCUGGUUGCCCCUUCUCAGUUGGAUUUUGUCAUAGUACAGUGAGAGAAAAGUGCUGAUGGGGGUCUGUGCUCCAGCUGCCGCUGUGCAGGUGAGAUGGUGAUGGUGUUGUCACUGCUGUGAAUGUGUCACAGUCCUCAAAAUCAUUCCUUGCUGCUUUGUCUUUCUAUGUUUUUUUUUUAAUUUCUUGAUCUAAUUUAUCAAACUUAUUUAUUGUUCAAAUAUUGUCUUAUUUGUAUAAAUUAUGCUGACUGGUUGCACCAAGGGGACAGAAGGGAGUGCCUUUGGGCAUCCCUUCCUGUCCAUGUCCCAUGUUGAUGUUCUUACACUCACUGUGUCUCUGUAUAUAAUAAAGUGUGAGCAUAGGCUGGAAAUUA